CCACGUGAUCCUCCCGCCCCGACCUGUUCCGCUCCCGAGUUCCUGGGACCUCCCGGUCCCUGCCUGCUUCCGCCCACCGCCCGCUUCCUUAUUCCGCUUCUGUCACCGCCCUCAGCUGACUCCGCCUUUGUCCCCGGAAGAUCUCUGCAUCCUCCAGCCGGCCAUUGUUUGUCUCUUAUGUGGACACCAAAUAAAGUUUCUUUGUUCAAAAGCAUUUUUUAUUAGCCCCGUCCCUCAGUCUCUCAGCUCCUCCUUCGUGCCGGCACCGCCUCCUUCCUGCGCUGGGGACAGCCCAGCGCUGGUGGCGACCGCGCGGGAGGUGAUGGCGGCGCCUCCGGAGUCCCUCUCCGGACGGGACGUAGGAUCAUUUGCAUAUCUUACAAUUAAAGACAGAAUACCACAGAUCUUAACCAAGGUUAUUGAUACAUUACAUCGACAUAAAAGUGAAUUUUUUGAGAAACAUGGAGAGAAAGGCAUGGAAGCUGAAAAGAAAGCAAUUUCUCUUCUUUCUAAAUUACGGAAUGAAUUGCAAACAGAUAAACCAAUAGUCCCCUUGGUUGAGAAGUUUAUUGAUACUGACAUAUGGAAUCAGUACCUCGAAUAUCAACAGAGUCUUUUAAGUGAAAAUGCUGGGAAACCAAGGUGGUUCUAUUCACCGUGGUUGUUUGUAGAAUGCUACAUGUAUCGUAGAAUUCAUGAAGCUAUGAUCCAGAGUCCUCCAAUUGAUGACUUUGAUGUAUUUAAAGAAUCAAAAAAACAAAAUUUCUUUGAGUCACAGGAAUCUGUCAUUGCUUUAUGCACUCACCUGCAAGAGUUGAUGAAAACUAUUGAAGCCCUAGAUGAAAAUCAGCUGAAAAAUGAGUUUUUUAAACUUAUUCAGAUUUCACUGUGGGGAAAUAAAUGUGAUCUAUCUAUAUCAGGUGGGGAAAACAGUUCUCAGAAGACCAAUAUACUAAAUUCCUUGGAAGACCUAAAACCUUUCAUUUUAGUGAAUGACGUGGAACAUCUUUGGUCAUUGCUUAGCAAUUGCAAGAAAACAAGAGAAAAAACAUCUGUUAUUAGAGUGGAUAUUGUUCUGGAUAAUUCUGGUUUUGAACUUGUUACAGAUUUAGUGUUAGCUGACUUCUUGUUGUCUUCUAAAUUGGCCACUGAAAUUCAUUUUUAUGGAAAAGCUAUUCCAUGGUUUGUUUCUGAUACUACUAUGCAUGAUUUUAACUGGUUAGUUGAACAAGUAAAACAUGCUAAUCAUAAGUGGAUGUCCAAGAGUGGGAUUGACUGGGAAAACUAUAUUAAAACAGGCAGAUGGGUUUACCAUGAUCAUAUAUUUUGGACUCUGCCUCAUGAAUUCUGUGCAAUGUCUCAGGUUGCUCCUGAUUUAUAUGCUGACCUACAAAAGGCACAUUUAAUUUUUUUCAAGGGUGAUUUGAAUUACAGGAAGCUGACAGGUGACAGAAAGUGGGAAUUUACCACUCCAUUUCAUCAGGCUUUGAAUGGCUUCCAUCCUGCACCUCUGUGCAGUAUAAGAACUUUAAAAGCUGAGGUUCAGGUUGGUCUGCAACCUGGGCAGGGUGAACAACUCACAGCUUCUGAGCCCAGCUGGCUGACCACUGGGAAAUACGGAAUAUUACAGUUUGAUGGUCCACUUAGACUUGGUUUAGGAACCCUUCCUUAAAUUGUGUAGGAAGAUCCGACAGGCACUUUUCAUUCCCAGAAAAGCAGCAUGUGCAUUUAGUCCCUUGGCUGCACUGCAUCAGCUCUGAGAAGUUUUUGGCUUCUUGAUGCUCAUUUUCAUACACUCUGGAUGCUUAAUUUUUCUUUGAACAUUUUUUCCCACUACAUUGUUAUGGGGAUAGAUGGAUUAAGCUAGCUACAGUAUUUACAUUUAUGUUGAAAUUUCAGUUAACAUUUCAAGUUAAAACCAUGAUUUCAAGUGGUUUAAUGAACAUUAAUUUUUAAUUGGACAGAGCAAAAUAUAAGUGAAGUCUGCUUUUGAAGUUAACAUUUAAAAAAAAUACUAUGCUGCAUGGUGUUUACUAUUCUAGGAAGCAUGGAAUUUUAUAUAAUCUGAUUUUGGGGCUCUAGAAAUAGCAGCUCCAUGAAAAGAAACAAAAAUAUUAAUUUUAAAAAAACAACUGAUAGUUGAGCACAAGAAAGUAAAAGUUACUCAUAUAAUUCUAAAUUUUGUUCUCUUUGACUUUUAUUCUACUUCAAUUGCCUGUUUUAUUUGAUUUUGAUUUUACCUUGUGGAAUGGAUGAUAGGAAACACAAAAUUGAGCUGAAUGAAACAGGAUAUUUGAAGAAAUUUUUGUUACAUUCUAUGUGUGCUAUCCAUAAUAAAUUGAAAUGUAUUCUUUUAACAUGUGUUUUAAAUGAAUAGAUUUUUUUAUUGGUCUGCAGUUAAGAAAAAUGCUUUAGGUAGAAAACAUUCUUGUGCAUUGAAGUUGGAGUACUACCAAUGAGUUAAUUCAGUUUUUAUAUUUUACACAUUUUUGGUGAUUUCCAAAUAUUAAAGACUAUUAAAUUUCUAACUGAAAUUGAAAA